UCGACACUCUCUGUCAACUUUUCGUUUCGUGGGAUAUUCCAUGAUUUAGGAAUUGUUAGACUAGUCUUACAGUCUGUGCAGUACGCAGUCUUGGAUCUUGUUCGCUGCUUCAAUCAGAAGUGCAAGAUGGGGAGAGACGAUUGGAGAUACGAGGACAGAGGUCGGGACCGGUACAACGAUCGAAGCAGAGAUCGAGACAGAAGAGACCGAGACAGGAGAUAUGAGAGAGAUGAUCGCAGGAGAGAUGACAGACGGCAUCGUUCAAGCUAUGGAGAUAGAAGAGAUCAAUAUGGAGGUAACCGUGAUCGUCACAGUGGUGGAGGCGGAAGGUUCAGAGGUCGUGGAGGGUUCAGAGGUCAUGGAGGGUUCAGAGGUUGUGGAGGUGGUUUCGGUGACCGAAAUGAGAGAGAUAGAGAUGAAAUUGACCCUGAAGAAUUAGAAUAUAUGAGGAAACGUCAAGAGGUUUUAAAGAAGCGUCGAGAGGAAGAGGCAGAAGAAGUUGGAGCCUACGUCGCAGAAGAUGUUGAUGCUGAUGCUCUCGCUGCUAUGGGUCUACCAGUCGGAUUUGGGAUGCUUCGACAGACAGAAGAAGAGAAUGGCCAAGAUUCUGAGAGAAAGAGAAACAACAACGAUGACAGGAGAGAUCGUCAUGGUGACAGAGACCAGUAUCGCGGUGAACGGCGUCGUCGAAGUCGAGACAACAGUCGUGAGAGAGAUCGAGAUUCUUACCGACAACGUCGUGAUCAAGAUGAUGACGGAGAGACAGAAGCAAAGAGAAGACACGUCGCUGAAGAGAUCGACAAUGAUAAACCGGAGGUGAUGGCAGUACUCGAUCAGGUUGGGGCAGACAACGACGAUUCAUUACCAUAUCAAGAAGAAAUCAAUAGCACGACUCCUGAAAACAAUGGCACGACUCCUGAAAACAAUGGCACGGCUCCUGAAAACAAUUGCACGUCUCCUGAAAACAAUGGCACGGCUCCUGAAAACAUUGGCACGACUCUUGAAAACAAUGGCGCGACUCCUGAAAACAAUGGCACGGCCCCUGAAAACAAUGGCACGGCUCCUCCUGUAGUUGCAAACUGAUCUCUCAUACAAGUAUAAGAGUCCUAAUCUUACAAUAGGCUUGCAUUCCUAUGCCAGACCUCCGUACGACAGCACAAUUAGUUGGUUGACUGCGUUGGAAGCGUCUUGUUGGGUUUCUCACUUUCAGUGUGAAAAUGAAAUCCCAUACAAAAUCAUCAGUAAUUGAUACUGAAUGCUGUAAUUUGGGUGCUCCCGAGGUAUGUGAACCAAGAUGGCGGACAUCUGAACGUAGUAGGUUAGGGUUAAGCCAUAAUUUAUUUCCAAUUUUCCUCAAGUUUAGGGACUACCCAAUUGACUCCGUAGUAUUUGUACCUGAAAUUAUGGCCUAACCCUAACCCGGUACACAUACUACGUUCCGGAGUCCACCAUCUUGGUUCACAUACUUCGGGAAUGCUGUAAUUUGACUUAUUUUUUUAUUCCGUUUUAAUUUUUACUUCUUUCUUUACGCUCACGAAACUGAAUGGUUUUCCGAAUUGAUGAUUUUAAGAAUAUCUGCCUCUUGCAAGGACACUUGUCCUCAUUUCCCUGGACUGUUUCUAUCAGGACGAUGAAUGUUAAAGCUCUUGUUUCGUAUACAAAUUAUGGCUUCUCUAUUUCUUGGCCAUAAUGAAGUGCUGGUCUGUAUAGAGCAGUGUUUAUUUCAAAUUGAGCACUUUUUACAAAACAGCGCUUCAAACAAUUCAUCUGCAGACUUAUGAUUUCUUCUGAGACUAAUUAAGACUAAAAUGAGGUAUUGAGAAAUUCACAAUCGAUAAUUGCCGAAAUUUGACAAUACAAAAAAUUGACUUAGAUUUUAGCUCUGAAUUGUAAAAACAAGGAAAAAUUAAAUUUUAGAUGAUUGAAACUUCUUUAAUAGAUUGUUAAGAAAGCUUAAUGCCUUGCUG